AUGACUGCUUCAGUCUUUGGCAAUCAAACUAGAGUCAAUGUUUUAUUCCAUCAUCCAGAGUUGACCAGAUGCCUUGGUUAUGGGCUCUUACAGGCAAUAGCUUGCUUGAUGGACAUGAAUGCGUUGUUGGACAGAUUUCACAAUUACAUCUUACCGCAUCUGAGAGGGGAAGACCGAGUUUGCCACUGCAACUGUGGGAGGCAUCAUGUCCAUUACGUUAUUCCGUAUGACGGGGACCAGUCAGUGGUGGACUCCUCGGAGAACUACUUUGUGACUGACAAUGUAACCAAGCAAGAGAUUGAUCUGAUGCUGGGACUUUUGCUGGGCUUUUGUAUAAGCUGGUUUCUGGUGUGGAUGGAUGGGGUUCUCCACUAUGCGGUGCGAGCCUGGAGAACCAGCCGACGGUAUGACAACUCCUGGUCUUGGAUUCCAAAGUUUUGUAACCUAAAGGAGUUCAGAAAACGUCACCACAGGCAGUACGAGGAGGCGACUGGGAACAUGGUGCACAUCAAACAGAAGCUGUACCAUAACGGGCACCCGAGCCCACGGCACCUCUGAGGAAUGCCUUCCCCUCCAGAGACUGCAGUGAGGUUUUAAAAAGGACUUUUGCUCUUCUUCCAGGGGAACAGCCACCGGUUUGCUCCUCAGUGGAAGCCAGCCGAGGACACGAUUUUACUUCUCCAUCCCGUGUGUCCCUGUGGCACACCACGAUGCACAACUAAGCCAGUCCUGGAUGCUACGCAGCCAAGACAUUGCACUGUGUUCCACAUUUUAUUGUCGGACUUGUGUACAUAUGUAAAAAGCAGACAAACAAAAACAACCGAAAAAAAAAAAGAGAAAAAGAUAUUUGCAUUAUACUUUCAACCCCACCCCGGCCCCUUUCCUUUUCCUGGCGUUCACGGCUGUCCUGCACAUCCAGCUACCCCACGGGCAAUGUUGGCCAAGGGUAUGGAGGUGGGACAACAUGAAGAAGAUGUGGAGUUUCUCAUCCAAGAGCUCAAGUCCCCCCUGUUUCUUUGGUCCUUUGGCUUGGUUUUGCUCUGCUCUGUUCUUUCUGUGGCCGGGAGGGCUCAGCUGGUGAGAGGUUUGGAUGGGGACUGCUGCCAGCUGGCUGUGAAGGCACAAUGUCCCUUCUUGCUUUGGUUCACGUGUUGGGGGAGUUGCUGUGGGGGAAGGAAGGGCUGGGAAUGGUGUAACUGGUCUGUUGUUGGUGUUGCUGUACGCUGAGACCUGCCUUAAGCCAUCCAAGAAAUGGUGGUGCCAGGGGAAAGAGCACGAGGAGGUGUGGGUCCGUUUGACAGGGCUGGUGCUGCUGGGGUUACACCGCUUUUAGGUCGGUGGUACCAUUUCUUCUCCACUGAUGCCAGAGAGAAGUGGCUCCUGGUGUGUGGGGAGAAGUGUAUUGAGUUGAAUGGUGUCAGAUCCGACUUGACUCGCACCCUGAUCAUACCCCUCUGCUGCAGAACCACCCCCCACCCCUUGCUGGGAGGAAAGGAGCUGCUCUCCCCCCUCUUCUCAGGGGCUGAGCCCGAGGCCCUGGUUGAUACCACCCCAGAAACACUGACAAGGCAGUGAGAGGGUCCUGGUGACAGCCUCACUCCUCCUGCAGAUGAAGAGCCACCCAUCUUCUUGUGUUACUGCUCCGAGAUGACAUAGCACUUGGGCAGCAGAGUGGGCUUGGCUUGAGGAACACAGAGAGAUGUGAGCCUGAAGCCAAACUCACCUACAGAGUCAAAUGUCCCAAUAACGGGUUGAAUCAAACACAAGGAUGCUCUGUUGUGGUUUUGCCUUUGCUUUCCAUCCCUCAAAGCGUCCAAGGCUGGGUUGGAUGGGGCUUUGAGCAACUUGGUCUGGUGGGAGGUGUCCCUGCCCAGGGCAGGGGGUUGGAACGAGGCGGUCUUUAAGGUCCCUUCCAACCGAAGCCAUUCUACCAGUCUAAGAUUCCCCUGGCUGCAGCUUCAGUGUGGGUUUCAAGGUAGCUGUCAAGUAUCUGAAACCAACCUCCACAUCCAGAGACCUCCUUCACUUCCAGAGUUGUCUGUGUGCACCUAGACAGCGUUGUGGUAUCCCGAUCCUGUAGCAGUCAUGUUCUGCUGGGGGAGGGAAGCAAAUGUGCCCAGAAGCAUUGCUUUUGGACGUGCUGGGCAGUGGUCAGCAGCACCUGCAGUGGGAAGAGAGAGGAUUUUAUGGAGAGGAACAGGGGAGGGAGACGCCAGCCCCAAGAAUGUAAGGUGGUAGCCCCAAAUCCCAAUCAUUUCUCCUUCAUUCGUUAUUUUGUAUUGGGUGGGCCUGUGCUUAAAUGGGGAAAACAUCCAGAACAAAAGGAUGAAGAACAUUAUGAGAAACUGAUGUUGAUUAUCAGUGACCUCCUAUUGUUUGAUUGCAAUGUGUGUGAAGGAAAAAGGACACCACGGCUCCCUGCUCUUUUCUUCACUCUUCAGCUUCUGAGUCUUAGGUUUUUCCAUUGUUUCCUACGCCCAGGUUCAGGUCAGUUAUUUACAAGCCCCAAAGCUGCCCAAGAGCCAAAUGUACCUGUUUCUCUGCCAUUCCUACCUUUGCUGUUCCCUUGCUGUUCCCCUGUGCCUCUUGUCCAGUUUCUGCCUGGGCCUAAAUAAUUGCCUGGUCCAUACGUAUGUCUGUCUGCUUGACUGUCUUUCGUUCAGGACAUGGUUGUCACGUCUGUAGCCACAUCUCAGUAUCUUCAGAAUGACUUUUCCUUGAGCAGCUCCUUUCCAAGACACGCGGCUUUGCAACCUCCCUUAGCCUCUGAGCUUUGUGAGUUUGACCAUACAGGCUCCUCCUCGAGAGGCAUAAGAUGCUCCCUCCAUCGGAGCAUCACCCUUAGAGUGGCCAGGGGAGAGCUGGCCAAACAGCUGGUCUGGUUGCCCUUGUGUGGUGGCACACACCUAACUGGCUGCAAAGAAUAGGGUCUGUACCAUAAAACGGGUUCAUGGCACGGAUGUGUCUUCAGAUGGGACAAUGUUUUGCAGGGGAGAAAAUUCCAUCAUGAUAAGGACAAAUACUGAGGCUCUGGAACUAGUUGUGGGGGAAAGAAAGCACUUUAAAUAAUAAUCUUUCCACUUGGAGCCCUCUCACAGGAGAGGCUUAAGGCAGUGACCUAAACUCAGACUGAAGUGAAAAUCUGGUUCUUCUCUGCUCUAGUAACGGACCUUAGUUGGAACAUCAUUAAAUAAGAAACUUAGAGCUGGAAAGAGUGAAGUGAUGGCUCACACUGAUUAAGUUUGAUCCACACCAGAAUUUCAGAAGAAUAUAAGGCUCUGGAAGAGGGAAAAAAAAAAGAUCCUACAUGGUACAUAUUCCCACUGUUUAAGAUCAGAUGUUUUUUUAAAUCUGCUGUGUCUGCAGCUGUUACCUUGUGAGCCUACCCCUUGGUUACACUUAGUCAAUACAUAAAGCAAACAAUGCUCUCAGUGAAAUUAAAUUAACUGGGAAUAAUUCACUGGUCUUAAAUCCAAGGGAACGAGAAGUACCCUCACAGAGCAAGUUUUGUCCCAGGACACACCAACCCCAUGGGAUUAAUCCCGGGGAAUUGAUCAAGCCUUUGAUUCUCAUCCUUAAUAAAUAAGGGACACAGUUCCUUCCAUGCAGUAUGGCCAGGUCCUAUUCCUGACCCCAGAGAUCUGGUCCAUCUCCUGUGCAGGGGUGAUUUCCAACAGCCAGCUUAACUGAGACACAAGGUCAGGUUCCUGCUGUGAGGUGCCUUUUUUUAGGAAGCUGCUGUAGAUGGGACCCUAUGUACCAGAGGUGAGGCCAUGCCCGUUGGUGGCACUGGUUGACCUCACGCACCAAGUGGUGGUUACUCCUUGAGGAGCAGCCCAGGUCCCCUGUGCCAUUGAACCCGUGGUGGGGUGCAGAAGAUGACAGGUCUUCCAAACAACCAAGUGUCUGCCAGGCCUUCUCUUUGGGGAAUGACAAGCCCCCACUGGAGAAGCAGAAGGUGGAAGAGGCCACCAUGUUCCGAGUCCUGCAGAACCCCACCGCAUCGCCCCCAGCAGCACCCCCUCUCUCUGCUCGACAUCUUGUCCCUGUCCCCACCCUGUCCCCUCUGCUCGAGGUGUGAGCCUUACCAGCAAUGUCCAGCUUCGUGGUCCCUCGUUCCUCUGUCCAAGUGAGGUUGCUACUCUCGCUCGCAGCUCCGUUGUCCGUAGAGUCUGCCCUUGCACCGUCUUCUCCUCCCGCGCGCGUGUUCGUCUUGCUUUUGUCUGGUUGUGGGGGUGUUCUCUCCUUGUUUAAUUGUCUGAGAUGUACUAGUGUCGACUUGUUUGUUGUUCUCUUGCCUCUGAUCCAGUCUUCACACACACACAAAAAAAAAACCAAACCAACAAAAAAUAACCACAGAUCAAAACAACGAUAACAAGACAACUCAGCAAAAAAAAAA